UCCGACAAGGAGGGGACAAGGAAGAACGUAUUGUGUCUUAAAAACACCGACCUUUCUGCGCCUUAAUUAUCAUAUCUUAAGUUCGCACGGCAUUAAUGAAAGCUACUCCUCCGACAAACUUCUGAGGUCAUGGGGUCAAAGUCCAAAGGUCAAGAAUGAAUUACAUUACUGAAAUGGCUAAAUAUCUCGGAAAUGGUAAAAGUUGACCAAGGUGAUCCUCAUAAUGGCUGAAGGUGGGCCCCGUCCGGAACUAGACCUACACUUACUGGAGUGUCCAAUCUGUCUGGAGCGACUUAGACAACCAAAGUCAUUACCGUGUCUCCACUGCUUCUGUCAGGAUUGUCUCAGGACCUACAUCACCAAGGAGUUGUCUGGUAAGAUGGCGUCUGGGACAUCCUUUCCGUGUCCAGUUUGUAGAGGGAUGGCCACCCCUGUCAAUCAAACGGAAACCAAGGAAAAUUGGCAAAAACAGUUCCAAACUGAUGCUGUCAUCCAAGAACUUAUCAAGCUUAAGGUACAGUCGUCUAAACCACUGUACUGCACACCUUGUCAAACCAAAGGUAAUCCGUCCAAUCCUGCCAGGUUCUGGUGUAAGAAAAAUGAGUCCGGUUUUUGUGAAACUUGUAAAACUGACCACCACGAUAUCGUACAUAUUGGAUGUGAUAUAUUAGAUAUUACCAGGCACGGCAGCAAUAGACCAAAACAAAACUCGUCUGUUCCUCACUGUAACCAACACGACGAGAAUAUGGUUUGGUACUGUGAGGAUCACAAACUUCUCGGUUGUAGCAUGUGUGUCUUCAAAGACCACAGACGUUGUGAAGCAGUGACAACAGCGACGGAAUACAUUCAGAAGCUAAAAGCAGGAUCACAACUGACAGAUAUGCAGGCAGCACUGAAGAAAGGAGCAGAGGUCAUGCACUCUUUAGUGAAGGACUUUGACGAACAGCUCCAAGUCAUGGUAAAGAACCAAGAAAUCGCUCUACAGAGCAUUACAGAUCUUCGCCAAAGGAUCGACAAACGGCUUGACGAGCUUCAGAAGAACUGCACUGACAAGUUGAUCACGCUGUUCAAAGACGAAAAGAGGAAAUUAGACGACUCCUCACGGCAAUGCGAACGUCUAAAGAAGAGUAUGCUCAAUACCCUGAAGUCCAUUAAAGCUACAGAGGAAAACGAUAACACUGAAACGAUAGUGUUGUAUCAGAGAGGACAGGCAGAAGUGGAGUCGUGUAUGGUCCUGGUCACGGAGAUGAACGAAUCUUUCACGUCUGUCAAUGUUAAGCAUCAGACCAAACCCGAACUUGUAACCAUUGGUGAUGACGCUAUGGGGGAUAUCGUCGUUGAGAAACUACCACGACGUUUUCCUGAAAGUCAUGGUUACCUAACUUCACCAAUGUCCGGGCGUCGCGUGAGAGAAGUACAACAGUUUGAUAUGAAAACUACAUCAGAUGGGAGCAAUUGUUUUGCAGUUGGCGUUGUGUACCUUCCGUAUAAUCAAAUAGUAAUAAGUGAUCGCAACAACAAAAAACUGAAGCUGUUUACAGAUGAAGGACAGUGCCUGGAUGAGUUGACCAUUCAAGGAACUCCUUGGGACAUAUGUUUUGUGGACGAUGAAACAGUGGCUGUGGCAGUUAGCAGUUCUGAUGGUAUCCAUGUCGUGACAGUCGAAAACUCAAAAAUGUCAUGUUCUUCCGUGAUCUGUUUGCCAGACGGCAAAGGCUGCCUUGGUAUAACCCAUAUCAACGGAAGAUUUGUCGUUUGUACAAACAAAAAAGAAGCAGAAGUGUUCAGUGUGACACAGGACGGCACCACUGAGCUGUUACAUCAGUAUAGUGGUAAGUGUUAUUUCCUCUCACAUGACCCAAUAAAUGAAGACAUACUGGUUAGCUGUUCCACUAAUACUAAAGGAGAAGCUGUGCUGUCCCGACUGUCGGCUGACAAACGUAACACGACUGUGAUACAAGAGGGUAUUGUGAGUACUGCUGCAGGAGUUACCGUUGAUAGGGAUGGCAACAUUUACUUGUGCGGUUAUGGUUCAAACAACGUCGUGCAGAUGUCUGGGGACGGGACACACGUCAGAGAACUGCUGGUGUCAUCAGAUGGAAUUAACCACCCAUUUGCAAUAGCUGUUUGUGGUGACAUGUUUGCAGUCACUGCAUACAGCAAGAAUUAUGUUCGCUUGCUUCAGCUCUAUUAAAGCUAACAACAGCUCGUCUAAACUAUGUAGAGAUCUAUUCGCGUACCAGUAUUUUUACCACUCUACCCCGUCCUCAAAGUCCAGGGCUCAACCCUCGGAACAUGUAUCCUCUCUGCACCCCAGAAAUACGUCACGAGAAAAUGUCAGGCUCUUUAGGUCUCGCACAACUACAUCAGCCAAUCAUCAAGUGUUUCAUACGAUUAUAAUCCCUAGUCUUAUGCCUUUAAUAAGAUUAAAUUAAUCGUGGGGAAAUGUAACAGUAAAAUACACAGGCUCUGAAGUUGGGUGUUGUUCCUCUGUAAUCUUCAUUGAACAAGCGUCAGCCCAGUGAUUGGUCAGGUUUUACUACAUGGAACCAAUCAAAAAGCUUACCGCAAGCAUUAGUUUUUGUUAUGACAUAUUUUAAAGGGAUGCGGAGAAGUUACGCGAGUCGGGAGCAGAACCCAUCGAUUUCAAAGAUGAUUCUGUAUUUAAAUUCCAGUGGAGUGACAUCUUACCAAGGAUGGACUGUUCUGAUGUUUACCGUAUCAAUGGUUGGAACAAUGUACGUAAAACCUAUAUUGAAGACUUUGUAAAUAUAUAGUGUUCUGACGUAUAAACACCUGGCAUAAUGUGCUUAUUACAAAAGUCGGAAUCUUUGUUGUUUCAUUGUUUCUUUGCUUGGUAGGUUUUGUACUCAUAUCUAGAAAAUAUAUGACAUUGUCUUGUUUUUUGAAAUUAUGAUAAAAUAAUGAAGUAUAAUAUAAUACUAAAGCUAUUUGAAAAAUAAUAGAU